CGCGAUAGCCUCUCGUCGCCGGUGCGAAGCCGAGCUGUUGUCGUCGUGGUUGUCGUUUUCGUCGUUCUCGUCGUCGCGUUCAGAGCUGAGCCGUAUUAGCCUGGCGAGCGUGUUAAACGCGAGCGCGAGCUCGUACGGCUCCGAAUCGGACACCUCGGUAGUGGCCGUGCGCCGAGUGGUACAUGCUGUUUGAGAGAGUGACCACAGAAGGAAACGACGAAUACUUGCUGACAAAUACGUUCGGUUUUGAAGAGUCGUCGACGUAGGGGAAGGAAAGUGACAGGAAGAAGGACGGCAGUAUGGCGGGACAAACGAUAAACGACAGGCUACUAGCUGCCAGACACAGCAUCGCUGGGCAAGGGCUCGCUAAGUCCGUAUGCAAAGCGACCACCGAGGAAAUGAUAGGACCCAAAAAGAAACAUCUCGAUUAUCUCAUUCAUUGUACGAACGAGCCAAAUGUUUCGAUACCACAACUCGCUAAUCUUUUGAUAGAACGAUCCCAAAAUACAAAUUGGACGGUCGUUUUUAAAGCUCUUAUAACGGUGCAUCAUAUGCUUUGUUAUGGCAACGAGAGGUUUACACAAUACUUGGCGUCGAGCAACAGCACGUUUCAGCUCAGCAAUUUCCUCGAUAAAAGCGGAGUACAAGCAGGAGCACGCGUCGGUUACGACAUGUCACCGUUUAUCAGACGAUAUGCCAAAUACUUGAACGAGAAGGCUCUUUCAUACAGGACGGUGGCAUUUGAUUUCUGCAAAGUGAAAAGAGGAAAAGAAGAUGGCACGUUGCGUACUAUGAAUGCAGAAAAAUUAUUAAAAACUUUGCCUGUCCUACAAUCACAAUUAGACGCACUUCUCGAAUUUGAUUGUACAGCAAACGAUCUUACAAAUGGUGUUAUAAACAUGGCAUUUAUGCUUCUAUUCCGAGACCUCAUACGUUUGUUUGCCUGUUAUAAUGAUGGAAUUAUUAACCUCUUAGAGAAGUAUUUUGACAUGAAUAAGAAACAAUGUCGAGAUGCUUUGGAAUUGUAUAAAAAGUUUCUCAUAAGAAUGGAUAGGGUUGGUGACUUCUUAAAAGUAGCAGAGGAUGUUGGUAUCGAUAAAGGCGAUAUACCGGAUUUAACAAAGGCACCAAGUAGCUUGUUAGAUGCAUUGGAACAACAUCUUGCAUCAUUAGAAGGGAAAAAGGGCUCUGCUGCAAAUACGCCAACGCAGUCAGCAAGCAAUAGAACGAAUAUAAAGUCGGGAGUGUCCGCCCUGUCUUCCACCAGUACCGCAUUUGGAACGGCAGCUAGUAACGCACGGCUCGAUCAUACUGGAAAUGGACAUAUCGAUGAAGCAUUGAGGCAACAAGCUCUUGCGGAAGAAGAAUCAGCUUUGAAUCAGUACAAGGCAAAAGUGCAAUCACCCCCAGGUGGUCCAAGUACAAAUCCUUUCUUGAGUUCACCUACCAACAAUGCCAAUCAACCAAUAGUUGAUCUAUUUAGUGCAGCACCAUCAACGGAUAGUCAGCCACAAAAAGCAUCCGACGAUUUGCUACAACUGGCAGGAAAUCCUUUCGCAGAUAUGUUUGGCGCGCCACAACAAGCUCCACCUGCACAGUCUGCACAAGUACAAAAUAAUAUGUGGAUGACCAACGGUAAUGGUUUUGCAGCGACACCAGCAAAUAAUAACUUUGUUACAGAUAAUAGCUUUUCCUCUGUUUUUGGAAAUCAGGAUCAACAGUCAACUGGUGCCCCAGGAACAGCCGGAUCCGUACCUAAUCCCUUUAUGUCCGACUUCCCAACCGCCGCUUCCCAAGCUAGCAAUGCAGCCGCUGCUCUAGGGCUGUUCGAUCAAAGCGGCGUUACUGCCGGUAGUAACGUUGGCGAAGCUCAAGCAGCAGCAGCAGCAACAGCAGCAGCAGCAGCGGCGGCAUCACAAAGCGGCGGAGACCUCUUCAGUGCCGGCGGUCAGGCAGAUCUCUUUGGGGGCGACUCUGCAAUGCUCAAGGCCGCAGAUGGGAGCUCUGGGGACGUCGCGGCCGGCGGUGCACAAGUACCGUCGGCCGUUGCGCCCUCGACGGCUCUUACCUCUGGCAAGUCCACUGCCACGCCGCCUCCCAGACCACCGCCUCCCGCGACAGCUACCAAUGGUACACCACGUGCAUUGUCUCCAGCUGUUAGCGGAGCAUCACCUGGUAGGCCAGCCUCGGGGCCUGCUUCAACUGCCGCCAAUGCAGCCCCGAGCAAGAGUGCAUUCGAUGAUCUAAAUGACAGUAUUCGCAUGGCACUGGGUGGGUCUCCGUCGCGACCGGCACCCCUUGCUCAGCACGCUCCUCCUACGCAACAGCAGCAGCAGCAACAGCAGCAGCAGCAGCAACAACAACAACAACAACAGCAACAACAACAACAACAACAACAACAACCAUCGCAACAACCUGUCCAACAGGGCUUCGCCAUGUUCGACAUGGGAAGUAAUAUGGGGGCCACUGGCCACCCGAUGAUGGCCGGUGGCCAGAUGGUUGGUUACGGUGUUCCUCCGUCGUCUCAAGUACCCCCUGUCGGCUAUGGUUCUCCGGCUAAGCAGCCAAUGUCAGCAGCUGGACAGUCGGCAAAUACGGCGGCAGCCAGUGGUAAAGUCCUUACUGGAGAUCUAGAUAGUAGCCUUGCCAGUCUAGCACAGAAUUUGACGAUUAAUAAAAGUACUCAACAGCAAGUUAAGGGAAUGCAAUGGAAUUCUCCAAAAAAUACGGCUAAAACCGGCGGCCCCGCUGGAUGGACACCGCAACCAAUGGCAGCUACUACAGGCGCUGGAUAUCGUCCUAUGGGUCAAGGAAUGACGCAACUUCCUGCUACAACCACGUUGGCCUUUCCCCCACAGACAGCACCAUUGGGUAUGCAAGGUAUGCCAAUGGGCAUGCAAGGUAUGCAAGGUAUGAGGCCGAUGAUGGGUACAAUGCCAGGGCCCGCUGCUGGAGGUGGUGGUAUGAUGGUUGCGGGUGGAGCUGCCCCAAUGAUGAUGCCUAAUACAAAUCCUAUGAUGGGUGCUAAUCUUCAGCAGCAGCAACCACAACCUGCUGCUGCUCAGCCACAAGGCAAUGCUGUUCAACUUGAUCCUUUUGGUGCUCUAUGAAGAGACUAGGAUUUCAAAUGGAAUGAUGGAAAGGAAGCACCGAUUUUGUAAAUAAUGUUUAAAAUAUGCUUAAAAAAUAUGCCCUUCUUCUGAUUGGUAUCGAUCUAGGUUAAAUGCUCUUACCUUGAUCGACCUUCGAACUUCGUUCAAAACCACGUUGUCUCUCACUGUUAAUAUAGUUUAUAUUUAUAUCAUCCUUCUCGCGAUCAUUCGAUCUUAGAUUUGCUAUUUGUAUGUAACAAUUGCCUUGAAGUUUUCCUUGUUAAAUGUAAUAAAAAUUGUUCAAGAUAUGUCAGAUUGAGAGCUAAAAAAUUGCGUUUAGAAUCACACAUACUUAUAUAUGUAUAUGUGCUAUUGUAUAAUCGUAUUUUGAUUCGCAGAUUUCAUAUAUAUAUAUCUACAAGUUAUGGACAAAAUUGCUCUGUGUAUUUUGGAAGCUUUAUAAUAAGUUAUUGCGCUGAAAAGAUGAAGUAUGACUUUUGUCCAAAAAAAUAGAAAGAUUCAAGGAAUUCAGUGUGAUUCUAAACGUUAUUGAAAGAUUAGAUUAGGUACAAUUGGCUGUUGCAUGUGUUUAUCUUACGUGAAAAAGAAGAAAAAAGAAAAAAAAAAAGAAUCCUCGAAGAAAGGCGAUAUUCAAAUAAUAGUUUCACAUCGGGCAUCGAUCUAGCAUAUCCAUAUAACAUCAUUACAAUAUUACUCCUUUUUAAAAAUUUUUUUUUAGAAAUUAUUGGUUUUGGUCCAAGUGGAGGUUCACAAUUAUCCUAUGUUAAAAGUAUUAAAUAAUACUAAUAAUAAUUAAUUAAAUAAAUAAUUAAAAUAAUAAUAAUAAUAAUAAUAAUAAUAAUAAUUAUUAUUAUUAUUAUUAUUGUUAUUAUUAUUAUUAUUAUUACGUAAUGAGAUAUCAGGUGGCGAGAAUAUGCAUAUAUACGUAUGUGCAUGGAAAAAUAAAAAAAAGAAAUUAUUAUAUGUAUAUAUGCGUAUAAAAUAACCACAAUUCUAUCGAGUUUGAGGGAGAUAAAUGAUGAGAACGAAGAAAUGAAGCCGUAUUUCAUAAAUGUUCUCUUUAUUGUAUUAUUUCGAAUAUCUUAAUUAGAUAGUUCAUUAUUAUGUAUACAAGAUUAAUCUUAAUUUAAUUCUUUAGAUAUUAAGAACAUAUAUACACACACACACAACACACACACACAUACACACACAUAUAUAUAUAUAUAUAUAUAU